UAAACCAAGAUCAUGUCUUGUUCAAAGUACGCGUCUACACCAGAAACAAAAAACUUAGCACGGAUCUCCCGCCUGAUACUGGGCCCCUGUGCUGACGUCAUGAGAGACGUGCUCCAAAAGGAAGUGCCAAUUGCCGACCUGUCCAGGAGAGUUAAAAGCUGGUUGAGGUCAGAUACGAGAAAUACGCUCAAUAAAUCACAAACUGAUUUGAUUUUUCCGCCAUCAUCAAAUACCUACAGUGGAGAUUAUUCAGAUUUAGAUAUAUAUUUGCUCUAUACUCUCCUACGUAAUGUGACUAACCUACCUGCACACAGUCAAGGUUGGGGUAAUGAUCCUGAACCUACAGACAGAAGUGUAUCGGCAAAUAUAGAGCGUAUAAGACUCGUCAGAAACAGAUAUUACGGACAUGUUGUCAAUAAAGGCAUAUCCGAUGCAAAUUUCCAAGUAGAAUUCAACAAUAUUCGCAUAAUUGUGGAAGAUAUCGACGGUCAUCUUGGCAGUCCAAAACAUCUGAUGUCUGUAGACUCUAUCAAGACACAAACAAUGGACCCUGUUCAGGAAAAGAAAUGGAUCGUCAAACUUAAUUCUAUAGAUUCACUGGCCAGAGAUACAGACCAACACAAAGGAGAAAUAAACAAACUUGAAUUGCAAAAUGAUCAAGAUGGGAACGCUCUACAUUUAGUUGCAUUUGCUGGCGACGAAACAACCUUUAAAAAUAUGAUUAAGAAUGGCUGUGACCCUUACAGUAGGUCUAGUAGAGGUUCCACUGUGCUCCACUACGCGUGUCAAAACGGCAAACUGAACAUGGUCAGGUAUAUUUGUGACACGUUUCCAAAUUUACUUUCUCUGGAUUAUAAUGACAACGAAGGUAGGUCUCCUUUACACUGGGCAGCUGAAUCAGGAAACAUUGAUUUACUCAAAUUCCUCUUGGGAAGAGGAUUUGAUAUCAACACCAGAAAGAAUGAUGGGAAAACUGUGCUUCAUAUAUGUUGUAUGUAUGGAAAACUAGAUAUGAUCAGGUAUCUAAAUGAACAAUAUUCUCAUCUGUUAUACAUCAAGGAUAGAAUUGGAAAUAACGUCUUGCAUGCUGCUGCUUGGGGUGGAAAUAUUGAUUUGUUCAAAUUCCUGGUGGAAAAAGGUUUUGACAUCAAUGUAAGCUCAAAUGAUGGGAAAACUGUACUUCAUCUUUGUUGUAUGAAUGGAGAACUAGAGAUGUGCAAGCAUUUAACAGAAAAUAAUUCUCAUCUGUUAUGCAUCAAGGAUAGAAUUGGAAAUAACGUCUUACAUGCUGCUGCUUGGGGUGGAAAUAUUGAUUUGUUCAAAUUCCUGAUGGAAAAAGGUUUUGACAUCAAUGUAAGCUCAAAUGAUGGGAAAACUGUGCUUCAUCAAUGUUGUGUGAACGGAAAAAUAGACAUGUGUGAGUACUUGGUCAAUACUUAUCCUCAUUUAAUAGACGUCAAAGACAAUUAUGGAGAGAAUGCUUUACAUGCUGCAGCAUGGUGUGGUAACAUUGAAUUGUUAAACUUUUUGUUGGGAAAAGAUUUGGAUAUCAAAACCACAAGCAAUGAUGGGAGAACAGUUCUUCACAUUUGUUGUAUGAAUGGGAAACUAGAUAUGUGUAAGCAUUUAACAGAAAAUUAUUCUCAUUUAUUAUACAUAAAAGAUACAGGUGGCAUGGAUGUCUUACAUGCAGCUGCAUGUGGUGGUAACGUUGAUUUAUUCAAAUUUCUGUUUGAAAAAGGUUUUGAUAUCACAACCAAAAGAUUCGACGGAAAAACUGUACUCCACUUUUGUUCUAUGAUUGGAAAUCUACAGAUAUGUAAGUACUUAGUAAACACUUUCCCUCCUUUACUUUAUAUCGAAGACAAUGACGGAAUAAAUGCCUUACAUGAUGCAGCCCGCUGCGGUAGCCUUAACGUGUUUAAGUUUCUGUUGGAAAAAGGAUUUGAUAUCAACACAAGAAAGAAUGAUGGGAAAACUGUCCUGCACCUUUGUUGUAUGAAUGGAGAACUAGAGAUGUGCAAGUAUUUAACAGAAAAUAAUUCUCGUAUGUUAUACAUCAAGGAUAGAAAAGGAAAUAACGUCUUACAUGCUGCUGCUUGGGGUGGAAAUAUUGAUUUGUUCAAAUUCCUGAUGGAAAAAGGUUUUGACAUCAAUGUAAGCUCAAAUGAUGAGAAAACUGUGCUUCAUCAAUGUUGUAUGAGCGGAAAACUAGAGAUGUGCAAGUACUUAGUCAAAACCUAUCCUCAUUUACUAUAUGUCAAAGACAGUUACGGAGUGAGUGUUUUACUUGCAGCAUCUAGGGGCAAUAACAUUGAUUUGUUAAACUUUUUGUUGGGAAAAGAUUUGGAUAUAAACACCACAAGUAAUGACGGGGAAACAGUCCUCCACAUCUGUUGCAUGAAUGGAAAACUAGCUAUGUGUAAGCAUUUAACAGAAAGUUAUCCUGAUUUGAUAAACAUUAAGGAUUCUGAUGGUGCGAAUGUCUUACAUGCGGCUGCAUGGGGUGGAAACAUUGAUUUAUUUAAUUUUCUGUUGAGAAAAGGUUUUAACAUUAUAACAACGAGAGGCGACGGGAAAUCGGUGCUCCACUUGUGUUGCAUGAAUGAGAAAUUAGAUAUGUGUAAGUACUUAGUGAAUACUUUUCCUCAAUUACUUCAUAUCAAGGACAACGAUGGCGAAAAUGCGUUAUAUGAGGCAUCCUGGGUUGGAAAUAUUGAAUUAUUCAAAUCUAUGUUGGGAAAAGGUCUUAAAGUUGAAAUUCCUAGAAAUGAUGGGAAAACUGUCCUACAUCUGUGUUGUAUGAAUGGAAAAUUAGAUAUGUGUAAAUACCUUGUAAACACUUUUCCUCAUUUAUUGAAUGUCAAAGACAAAAAUCAACUAACAGCAUUAGAUAUUGCUAAAGUGUAUCAAUUCAAAAGUGUAUCAAAAUUUCUAGAGAGCACCGCUUCUGAUUCCCGAAGGGGGCAAAGACGAAAAGAAAUGCAUCUGUAG